AUGAACGAGCGUGCGAAACAGAAGCUGGAGCUGAAGAAUCGUGAAAAGCAACACAAGGAAAUGGUAAAGAAAAUAGUGGCGAUUCUCAACAAGCCAUAUUCCGUUCAAGAGAGCGACUUCCCGUCAGGCUACCCGCUACUAGCAGCCUUGCAGUCAAGCACACAUGAUUUCGCCAUCUAUCGCAAUUUUAGUUAUCUGCAUUCCCGCGUCAUACUUGAGCUCCAAGAUCAACUUCGCGAACUCGAGGGACGACUCCAAUUGCUGGACAGAUUACAUUCCGAGUCUGAAGAUCCAGAGCAGAAAGAGCGUGUCACUUCCCGUGUCAAGGAUAUGGAGGCUGCUCAGAUGAGUGAUCCGGUUCCCAUAGUAGUAGAUGACACAACCCUCAGCGAGAGAGCCGUACUCCUCGAGAAGAUCCAACAGAAGCUCGUGAGGUAUGACGAGGUCCUGGUGCAUGCUCGCAGGCUUGCCGAAUUCCAAAGGCCAACCGACGACGAGUGGCUGAACCUUCGAAAAUGGUACUUCAACCGCCAGGCUCUGAGUUCGGACGAUGAAGACGAAUUCAUCAGGAUGAAACACGACCUUAUCACCUUGAAACCGAGGACUGAGUCUGGCAAAAUCGAUGACUGGAUCAGAAGUCUCCUUGUUACUCUGGGCAAGGGUCAAAUCACUGUGAGUAUCUUGGGAAGCCUGUGA